GUAAAAAAAUGAGGGCGAUUUCAUGGACAAUGAAGAAAAAAGUUGGGAGGAAAUACAUCAAAGCCCUUUCUGAGGAAAAAGAGGAGGAAAAUGGAGAGGAAGUCCUCCCAUAUCGGAACAGUGAUCCCAUGAUUGGAACACAUAGAGAGAAGACCUCCCUCAAAGCCAGCGACUCUAUGGAUAGCCUCUACAGUGGGCAGAGCUCAUCAAGUGGAAUAACAAGCUGUUCAGAUGGAGCAAGUAACAGGGACAGUUUUCGACUGGAUGACGACAGCCCCUAUGCAGGGCCAUUCUGUGGCCGUGCCAGAGUGCACACAGACUUCACUCCAAGUCCCUAUGACACCGACUCCCUCAAAAUCAAGAAAGGAGACGUGAUAGACAUUAUCUGUAAAACACCAAUGGGAAUGUGGACAGGGAUGCUGAACAAUAAAGUUGGAAACUUCAAAUUUAUUUAUGUGGAUGUUAUCUCAGAAGAGGAAGCAGCUCCUAAGAAAACAAAGGCACACAGAAGUAGUAAAAGAGAGAGCACCGGGACUCUGCAGGAUUUCUUAGAGCAGAUUCACCUCCAGGAAUAUACUUCAACACUUCUGCUCAAUGGCUAUGAGACCCUGGAAGACCUGAAGGAUAUUAAAGAAAGUCACCUCAUUGAAUUAAACAUUGCCAAUCCAGAAGACAGGAUGAGGUUACUCUCAGCUGCUGAGAGUCUCCUGGAUGAAGACACCACUGAAGAGCAAGAAAAUGAAUCUGCACCUCUGUCCUUAAGACCUGAAAGCAAGUCACAGUUAGAUGACUGCCCAAGGGACUCUGGCUGUUACGUCUCCUCAGGAAACUCAGAUAAUGACAAAGAGGACCCGGAGGCAGAAAAUCUGCCUGACAUGGUACAGAAGAUGGUCAUCACAGAAGCCAGUGACUGAAUCGCAUCUCCAUGUAUAUGGAGUUCCAUUUGAACUCUGCAUCUGCUACAAGAUCAAAUAGACGUGG